AUGUAAGAAGAAGAUACUAAAUACGAUAAUUUAUUUAUGACUGUUCUUUAGUAAAAAGGAAAAAUUGAUGGAUUUUUUGAAUCUGUAUACGGAUUUUUAAGAAGAAACACUGACUUUUACUUAGACAUAAAAAGAGCAGAAGCAGUAAUUACCGAAGAAUGCAAAAAACAAUAUGUCUAACAUUUAGAAAACAUAAAAAAGAAAGAAUAAAAAGAAAUAGAAAAAAAGCAACGUGAAGAACAAAGAAAAGCAUAAAACUAAUAAGAAUAAAAAUAACCAUUAACUCAAAAAUAACCUUAAUAAACAUAAUAACCUUAAUAGACAUAAGAUUAGUAAUAACAAAUUUAAUAAUAACUAGCUUAAUAAAAUCCUGCGGUUUAAAAAGACACUUAAGCUUAACCUGAUGGAAAUAAAGAAGAAGAUGACGAUAAUACACCUGUUCCUAUUGAAAAUGGAGGAAAAACUGACAAAUAUAUAUGGACUCAAACUUUAAAUGAAAUGCAUAUGUAUAUUCCAGUAAACGAAAACAUAAAAGCUAAAUAAGUAAAUGUAUAGUUUACUUUAAAUCAUUUGAAAGUACUUGUUGAUAAAGUGCCUUUAAUUGAUGCGGACUUCCCUGAAAAUAUAAAUCCUGAAGAUUCUUUAUGGACAUUAGAAAAUGGGGAUGUGUAAGAUUAUAAAGGAAAAUAUUUGCACUUAAGUAUUGAAAAAUGGAAAAAUUAAAUGCAUUGGUGGGAUUGUGCAUUAAAGGGAGAUGCAAAAAUUAAUACUAAAAAAAUAAACCCUGAAAGUUCCAAAUUAUCUGAUUUAGAUGGAGAAACAAGGUCCACUGUGGAGAAAAUGAUGUUUGAUAUGAGAUAAAAACAAGCUGGUAAACCUACUUCAGAUGAAAUGAAAAAAUAAGAUAUGUUAUCAUAGUUUAUGAAAUAACAUCCAGAAAUGGACUUUUCAAAAUGCAAGUUUAAUUGAUUUUGAUGAUAAUUAUUUAUAUAAAACUUUAAUAUUUAGAUUUAUUUUUAGUUUUGUUUUUCUAAUUAAAUAUUUUUUUUUAGU